AUGGCGGCAGGUGAUCUUUGUCGCGCGGACUGAGGACCGGAGGACUUUGGCGGGUUGAACCUGGCAGGUGGAGCGGGAGGAGCGGCGGGCGGAGGGACCGGGAAGGCGGAACAGCCAGAAAAGUCGACUUACCUGUAGCCCAACUUCUGGCAACUCGCUCACUCUAUUACCUGCUCCGACUUGAAAGUCCAGUUUCACAAGGAAGAAUCGUAGAGGAAGCAAAAUAUGUCACAGGAGACAGACAAUAAGCAUCUGGUGGUGGUCGUCCCCAACGACAGCUCCUUCCCCGCCGUGCGACGGGCGUACACCAGCGAGGACGAGGCAUGGCGCUCGUAUCUGGAGAACCCGCUGACGGCCGCCACCAAGGCCAUGAUGAGCAUCAACGGGGACGAGGACAGCGCCAACGCCCUCGGCCUGCUGUACGACUACUACAAGGUGCCCAAAGAUAAAAGACUUCUGCCUGUUCCCAAAGUUGUUGAAAUUGCGGAAGAGCAAGAGAAAAGGACUGUACUUCCAAACAGCGUCAGCAGCCAGAGCGAGGUGGAGACGGUGGACAACCGCGUCCAGGUGCUGAAGUCCGUCCCCGUCAACCUGUCUCUGAACACCGAGCACCAGGAGGCCAAACGGGAGCAGUUCGGCGGCUCGCCGGGCGGCGGGGGGCCGGCGGCGGGGCCGGGGCCGGGGCCGGGGCCGGGGACAGCCGUUCCGGUGGUGAAGGCCGAGGUGUACACGCCCGUCUACAUGUCGGGCCCGGGGGGGCUCCACUACAGGGUGGAGGGAGAGGAGCCGGCCAGGGUGAUCCACGAGCAGAGCCAGUACGUGGUGAGGGCCGUCAGCGAGAGCUCGUACGUGGAAGACGACCAGCAGAGUCCGCCGGACAGCCCGUACGAGGAGGAGAGAGACGGGAAGUUCCACUCACCUUCCUCUCUUGCCACAAAUGACUUUUUGUUUCAUCAGGAGGGAAUAGACAGCUUCCAGUACACGCUGGACGCCACUCGCUCGCUGCGUCAGAAGCAGGGCGAGGGUCCGAUGACCUACCUGAACAAGGGCCAGUUCUACGCUGUGACGCUCAAUGAGCUCAGCACCAACAAACGCCUCCGACACCCCAUCAGUAAAGUCCGGAGCGUGGUCAUGGUGGUGUUCAGCGAGGAUAAGAACCGAGACGAGCAGCUUAAAUACUGGAAGUACUGGCACUCCCGGCAGCACACGGCCAAACAGCGAGUCCUCGACAUCGCCGAUUACAAGGAGAGCUUCAACACGAUCGGCAACAUCGAGGAGAUCGCCUACAACGCCAUCUCGUUCACCUGGGACGUGAACGAAGAGGCCAAGAUCUUCAUCACCGUCAACUGUCUGAGCACAGACUUCUCCUCCCAGAAGGGGGUCAAAGGUCUUCCUCUGAUGAUCCAGAUCGACACGUACAGCUACAACAACCGCAGCAACAAGCCGCUGCACAGAGCCUACUCGCAGAUCAAAGUCUUCUGUGACAAGGGAGCGGAGAGGAAAAUUAGGGACGAAGAAAAAAAAUUGUUCCGCAAGAAGUCAAAAGGGAAAGACGGCGGCGUCGGCGUGAUAACUGUUCCCAAGAAGUCGGACACCACCUACUUCAAGACCAUGACGGACCUGGAGGCUCAGCCGGUCCUCUUCAUCCCCGACGUCCACUUCGGAAACCUGCAGCGAGCCGGACAGGUGUUUACGUUCAACACGGAGGAGAUCGAGAGGGAAGGGAGCGUGCUGGUGAAGAGGAUGUUCAGGCCGUCGGAUGAAGACCUGUGUCCGUCCCCUCACAAACAGAUCAAAGAGGAGACGCACAAGAGAGUGCUGCUGUAUGUAAGAAAGGAGACGGACGAGGUGUUUGACGCCCUGAUGCUGAAGUCUCCCACGCUCAGAGGCCUGAUGGACGCUAUAUCGGAGAAGUACGGCGUGCCCACGGAGAGGAUAGCCAAAGUGUACAAGAAGAGUAAAAAAGGCAUCCUGGUGAACAUGGACGACAACAUCAUCGAGCACUACUCCAACGAGGACACCUUCAUCCUCAGCAUCGAGAGCUACGCCGACGCCUACAAGGUGGUGCUGACGGAGAUCUGACGUCCGCCGGCGGGAGAGACACUGCAGGACGAACCCGCGGCCUGCCGGAGGUCCUCCGGGUCGAUUCCCGGUCGGCUCGCCGAGUCUGACCGGCGUCUUCCACACAGGCGACUCUGUUACACUAUGAAGCGACUCAUGUCCCCCCCCCCACCCCGCCCCUCCGGCAGGAGGAGAACGGCAUCAACAAACCCGGAACGCCGGACUCAACCGGUUGUCCUCCAACGCGCCGGGCGAAACCACGGAACCUCCGAUCCACUUCACACAACUUCACUAAAUGUUUUUAUUGUAUAAAAGAAUUUAUCCUCACUCUGUACAGACUGUUUUUGCCAAAUACGCCGUGCACAGGCUUGGCCUCAUGAAACGCCUGAUGCGCACGUAGGUAGUUAGUCCCUCCCAAGUAACUUAGCAGCUUCUUUUGCAUGCCGGCCUUUUGUUUGUUUGUUUAUUUUUGUUUUGUUUUUUUUUGGUUAGUCGUGCCAUUAUUUAUUAACACUGUGAUGACGUGUCUUUUUGCAUUUCUUCAGCCGUUUAUCCGAGAAUUUCAAGUUCUUUUAGCACAUUUCAGCCACUUGUCGAAGAGACAGAUUUUAUAUGUACGGAAACACAUAGUUUAAGUGUUACUCUGUAGAGAAACUACUGUACUGUAAACAUCGGCUCAUGGGUUAUAAACGGUAUAUAUAUGAGCUAUAUACUGUAUAUAACUGGCGUCUGUGUCUCAUUGGUCUGUUGAGAAUUUAAUACAAGAUAUAAGCGUAGAAAAUGUUACAUUUUGGGGGAAAAAACAGUCAAGACAGACACAGCAGAGGCCUAACAUAUACCAGAUAAAGACCAUCAGUCUCACUAUUCAAACUUGAUUGAUUGAAAUCAAUAAACCAGUAAUGCUUUCUGACGCAUUGGGAUUUUUUUUUUUCUGACAGCAGAUUGUACUAAUGCCAAACUAGAACAGCAGAUAAAGUAAAAUCCAAUGAAAUAAUGAUAACUACAAGCCUUUAACACACAUGUAUUUACCCUCCAGUUAUUCCAGCAGUAGACAUUUCUUUCAAUAAAAACCAUUAGCAGCAGCCGACUUCCGUACUAGAAGCCGAAUUUGUAACACGUCAUGUUUUAAGGACGUACAACAAAAUUUUUUUUUUUUUUAAUUAGUUUUGAAGAAGGUUACAAUAUCAAGCCUCCUAUUAUUGCAAAUCAGCAGGCUAAUGUUUGUUAGUUAGCCUUUAUAUAAGAUAAAUGAUCUGGAUGCUGAAUUGCUGAUGCAUGUUUUUAUUGGAAAAGUUCAACUAACUGCCGAAAAGUCGAACCUUUACUGUGGAAAAAUGGUUGUGUGUUUUUUGUAACUCGCAAAUGAACCUGGGCGAAUAAAGUCUGGUCGUUUUUACUGUAAUAAAGUGAAUUUAUGAGAGUUCAUCAUUCAGACAGUUAUUUCUCAUUUCGACAUGCUGAGUGAUGUUACACGACUUUUUUAAACUGAAACUUCCAGCAUUUCCACCUUUUCUUUCUUUUCCAAUGACCUUCAUGUGUGGAUUUGAACAUCUAGACAGAAAUUCAGGGCAAAAUAUCCAACAAUUUGAUUUUACAUAUGUCCUGAUAACUAAAGCUACUGUUUGUCUGAUUGAGGGGCAACAAAAACACGAGAUGUUCCAUUUUUC